AUUAUUCCAUGUUGCUUCUGUUUCUAAUAAAACACAGAAUGAAUGUGUUUUCCUCUCAUGCAGGUCCUGUGUAUCGAUGAAGCCACAGCCAGCGUGGAUCAGAAGACGGACAAACUGCUGCAGCAGACCAUCAGAGAGAAGUUUCGGGACAAGACCGUCCUCACUAUCGCACACAGGAUCAACACCAUCAUGGACUGCGACAGGGUGCUGGUGAUGCAUGCUGGGAAGGUUGUGGAGUUUGACACCCCGGCCGCUCUCUGCCAAUCAGACGACUCUAUCUUCCAGAGAAUGGUCGGUUAGAGGAGAGUGAGACGGAUAAAAGACAAUGAAAGAAGAGAAACAGAUUUAUUUGUAUAGUUUUUUUUACCUUGAAUAGCUUCCUGGAAACGUCCUGCUUUCUUCAGCUCCGUCCUGAUCACAAGUGUUGCUGCUUUUUACUGUUUCUGCAGAGAAAUGGGGAAUUUUAUGCUUCUUUUUGGACUUGGAAGCAAGGAGCAGUGCGUUUAUGAUCAUAUUUUCUUAUUUCCAGCUGACAUUUAGUUUCUUUAAAGUGAUUAUUGUAAUACGUAGGUUUCUUACAAUUGAAUUGUGAGGAAUUUAAGGUCCUUUAUUAUAAUUUAUUUACAUAACCAUUGCAUCUUUUCUAAUAAGAAUUGCAUAAAGAUUGAAAAUCCAAGCAGGGUGACCAACCAAUCGACAACACACUUAUUUAUUAUUUUGUUUUUAUUUAACCAAAGUUUCUCAUCUUUUGUUUUGUAUUUUUAAUUGUUAUUAUUCAGUUUUAUGUCUUUAUUGUUAUUUGUUCCGAAUGAAAAGCAGCUGCAUUUGAUGAGUGUUAAUAUUAAAGCCAUAAACAUGUGGGUCAACCUUAUUAACAUUUAUCGUAAAAUCACAAACUCACACGUUUUGGACGACACUACAACUUUUAUAAGUGUGUUUUUUUUUUUUUAGAAACCACACAGUCUUUUUUUAUAAGCAGAGGGCAUGUUGUCACAAUACAUUAUUUGUCUUCUCUGCAAAUAAUUGACCGUCAGUCACGCAGAAUAUCUACUCUUCCUGGAGACAGAGUUUAAAUCCUUCAGUGUGUUUGUCCUCUCAUAUAUCCGUUAUAAACAACUGUUAUUUAAUUUUUCCAAACCUGUGUAAACAUCGAAACAUUUAUCGCACGGUUUUAUACUGUAAAAACAUGUUUAAGGGACAUAAAUAAACCUUCAAAUAACGGCUGUUUCCAUCCCCUCAUUAAUCAUUUUGUCUGUAAAGCUUUCAGAAACAGUGAAAAAUGCCUAUGUUCCAAUUUCCUAGAUACAGCACAUGAACCUGUGAACACCCACAACCACCCCGACGGCAC